AUGAACACUGACGAUCUAUUUGGUGGAGUGAGCAGUGAUGAAGAUGAUCAAAAUUUCCCCGAAAAAUCAGAGUCUCCAGAAGAAAAACCAGUGAAAUGCUUCUUCGGGGACUCUCAGGAUAUGCCAGAUAUCGAUGAACUCAUCAAGUAUCAUAAGGAAGUGUCUUCUGGAAUUCGGAAACCGAUUCAGAAGACUCAUGAGGAAUUGGAGGAUAAGGAGAAUAAGGGGCCACCGAAAAAGAAGUUUCGAAUCGGAAUGUCAGGGUCUGGAGGGAUAAUGGAGACACCAAAGCGACAAGUUCUAUUGGCCAGAGAUGUAUCAUUAUUCAACAAUCAAGAAUCCCCAAAGAUCCCUGAAACAAUUAAUGAGACGACUGGAAGCUAUGCAAAUUCAAACUUGCCGACACCAAAAUUGCUUUCACCUAAAUUAUCUGAAACUCAAAAAUACGGAGAGCCGACGACACAGAAUCAGAUGCCAGAAGCCGACAAGGAAAAUCAAGAAUCUUCUGAAUCAGGGAGCUCCAAAUAUCCAAAAACAGAGGGAGAUGAGGAUGUUGAUGAAAUAAAACCUGCUCCCUCCGCCAGUGUGGCUGAAAAUGAAAAUGAAUUGGAACCAUAUGAUGCUAAUAACGAAUCAAAUCAAUCAUUUAUAAAGCAUCUCGUAACAACGUACGGUCCUGUAAUCAAAACUGGUGAUGGCGUGAAAAAACAGGAAACUUCUACUAGUUCGGAAAAACCAGCGGAUUCAUUGUCAGAAGUGGAUCAGAUUGCUCACAUGAAACGUUUAAUCCUUCUCGGGAACAUGUCGACUCAACAACUGGAACAAUAUGAUGCUUAUCGAAGAUCUCGAUUCCAGAAGUCGACUAUUCGAAAACUGGUAAAAGAAUUCACUGGAGGGAUGAAUGUAUCUGACGAUUCAGUCAUUACAAUCGGUGCAUUGGCUAAAAUGUUGGUUGGAGAUAUAGUGGAAGAGGCAUUGGAUAUUCGAGAUUUGAAGGAGGACGAAGCUGAUCUACCACUCGAACCACAUCACAUUCGAAGUGCUUACAUGAAGGUUGCAAGACACGGACUAAUUUGA